GAAUGCAGUAUAAUAUAGUUGCUGAUCGAUAUAGGUUAACUUCGUUUGACAAGUCGUGAGUGUUUCUCAUCUAAACAUCGCGUCUUUGUAUAUUUAAAAUUUAAAUCAUUGGUGCUGUUUAUGUAAAUUGCUAUGGGUUUAUUAACAGUACUUAAAAAGUUGAAACAAAAGGAAAAAGAAAUGCGCAUUUUAAUGUUAGGCUUGGACAAUGCUGGUAAAACAACAGUGUUAAAAAGAAUCAAUGGAGAACCAAUUGAUACAAUAUCACCAACCCUUGGUUUUAAUAUCAAAACUUUGGACCAUCGUGGGUACAAGCUUAAUAUAUGGGAUGUUGGUGGCCAGAAAUCAUUACGUUCCUAUUGGAGAAAUUACUUUGAAUCCACUGAUGGACUUAUCUGGGUAAUUGAUAGUGCAGACAGAAGAAGAUUGGAAGAUUGCAAAAUAGAGUUAUAUAAACUUUUAAAAGAAGAAAGAUUGGAAGGUGCAAGUCUUUUAAUACUUGCAAAUAAACAAGAUUUACCUGGAGCAUUAUCUGCAUCUGAUAUUGCAGAAGUUUUGGAAUUACCGAAUAUUAAAACACAUCAUUGGCAAAUAUUUAAAUGUUCAGCAGUUACUGGAGAAAAUCUUGUAGAAGGGAUAAACUGGAUUGUGGAUGAUAUUUCUGCAAGAAUAUUUUACAUAGACUAAUGCUGAAAGAAGUAACAACAAAUAUGUAAUCGAUGCCAUUAGUGUUGUAAUUUUUUACUUUAUUUAUUUUCCAUCUGAUGAAAGGAGAAGUAAGAUUAUUGUUUUUUUUACUUAAAAAACUGUUACUAUAAUGUCAACAGAACAUAAUAAAUCCAUAUGUUUUCUUAAUA